AUGGAGGAGAAACCCUAUACAUGCCUUGAGUGUGGAAAGAGCUUCAGUUGGAGGAGCAAUCUGCUACUGCAUGAAAGGACUCACACUGGGGAGAAACCUUUUAAAUGCCCGGAGUGUGAAAAGAGCUUCACUCAUAGUUCAGGCCUAUAUUCACAUCUAAGGACUCACACUGGGGAGAAACCUUUUAAAUGCCCGGAGUGUGGACAGAGCUUCACUGGGAGUUCAGGUCUACGUUCACAUCAAAGGACUCACACUGGGGAGAAACCUUUUAAAUGCCCGGAGUGUGGACAGAGCUUCACUGAGAGUUCAGUUCUACGUUCACAUCAAAGGACUCACACUGGGGAGAAACCUUUUAAAUGCCCGGAGUGUGGACAGAGCUUUGCUCAUAAUGGAAGUCUACAUUCACAUCAAAGAACUCACACUGGGGAGAAACCCUAUAACUGCCUGGAGUGUGGACAGAGCUUUACUCAAAAGGGACACUUAGAUUCACAUCAAAGGACUCACACUGGGGAGAAACCCUAUAACUGCCUGGAGUGUGGACAGAGAUUUGCUUUUAGUUCAAAUCUACGUUCACAUCAAAGAACUCACACUGGGGAGAAACCCUAUAACUGCCUGGAGUGUGGACAGAGCUUUGCUCGUAGUUCAGGACUACGUUCACAUCAAGGAAUUCACACUGGGGAGAAACCCUAUAAAUGCCUGGAGUGUGGACAGAGCUAUACUCGUAGUUCAGGACUACGUUUACAUCAAAGAACUCACACUGGGGAGAAACCCUAUAAAUGCCUGGAGUGUGGACAAAGCUAUACUUGUAGUUCAGGAUUACGUUCACAUCAAAGGACUCACACUGGGGAGAAACCCUAUAACUGCCUGGAGUGUGGACAAAGCUUUGCUCAGAAGGGACACUUACAUAGACAUCAAAGAACUCACACCUGGGAGAAACCCUAUAACUGCCUGGAGUGUGGACAGAGCUUUGCUCGUAGUUCAAAUCUACGUUCACAUCAAAGAACUCACACUGGGGAGAAACCCUAUAAAUGCCUGGAGUGUGGACAAAGCUAUACUUGUAGUUCAGGAUUACGUUCACAUCAAUGGACUCACACUGGGGAGAAACCAUAUAAAUGCCUGGAGUGUGGACAGAGCUUUGUUUGUAGUUCAGGACUACGUUCACAUCAAAGAACUCACACUGGGGAGGAACCCUAUAACUGCCUGGAGUGUGGACAGAGCUUUGCUCGGAAGGGAAGCUUACAUAGACAUCAAAGGAGUCACACUGGGGAGAAACCCUAUAAAUGCCUGGAGUGUGGACAGAGCUUUGUUUGUAGUUCAGGACUACGUUCACAUCAAAGAACUCACACUGGGGAAAAACCCUAUAAAUGCCUGGAGUGUGGACAGAGCUUCACUCGGAAGGGAAGCUUACAUAGACAUCAAAGGAGUCACACUGGGGAGAAAUCCUAUAAAUGCCUGGAGUGUGGACAGAGCUUUGUUUGUAGUUCAGGACUACGUUCACAUCAAAGAACUCACACUGGGGAGAAACCAUAUAAAUGCCUGGAGUGUGGACAGAGCUUUGCUCAUAGUUCAGGUCUACGUUCACAUCAAAGGAUUCACACUGGGGAGAAACCCUAUAACUGCCUGGAGUGUGGACAGAGCUUCAUUCAGAAGGGAAACUUACAUACACAUCAAGGAACUCACACUGGGGAGAAACCCUAUAAAUGCCUGGAGUGUGGACAGAGCUUCAUUCAGAGUUCAAGUCUACGUUCACAUCAAAGGACUCACAACUGGGGAGAGACCCUAUAAAUGCCUGGAGUGUGGGCAUACCUUCAAUCAUAGUGGAUAUCUACGUAAACAUCAAAGGAUUCACACGGGAGAAACCCUAUACAUGCCGGGUGUGUGGUAAGAGCUUCACGCAGAGUUCAGGUCUACGUUUACAUCAAAGAACUCACACUGGGGGGAAACCAUAGAAAUGCAUGGAGUGUGGACAGAGCUUUUCACAGAAUAACAUUAUACAUAGACAUCAUAGAAUUCAGAGAAUUCACCCUGUUAAUUGACACCAGAGUGUCAUUCUAACAUGUACAAAAGCAACUUGCAAAUUUUGGAAAUGCAAGCUCAAAGUUGGGACAUUUCAUCACAUGUGGUGUAUUGUAGAAAGAUUGAACUAAAAAUACAGUGUUCCCUCACUUAUCCCGGGGGUUAGGUUCCAGGACCACCCACAAUAAGUGAAAAUCCGCGAAGUAGGGAUGCUAUAUAUUUCUACAUUAUUUUAGUAGUUAUACACUAUUUUAAGUCUUUAUCAAGAAAUCAUGUGUUGAUAAAUCGCCUCCUUCUCCUCUUGUUGCCGCUUGGGCUCCUUUUCUCUCCCUUUGGCUUCUCCUUCCUCCCUUCCUUAGGCUGUACAUUGUAAUUUAGUAUUAUUUAUAGUCGUCUUUUAGAAUUUAUUGAAAAACCGCAAAACAGCGAAUCCACAAAGAGCGAAGUAGUGAGGGAACUCUGUAUGUUCCAUUCUGGAAGUAAUUAUAUUAUCUAAAGGGAAUAGAAUAAUGAGAGAUAAAAAUUAACAGAUAGAAUUAGGCCUUUAGGCAUGUAUCCCUGUCUGUUAGUUCAGCUGUAUGAAGGUAACUGUUUCGCAGGUCUGUUUGUUUCUGAUUUAGUUUUGUAUCUCAUGUAAUAAUAAUAAUAAUAAUAAUAAUAAUAAUAAUAAUAAUAAUAAUAAUAAUAAUAAUAAUAAUAAUAAUAACAACUUUAUUUUUAUACCCCGCCCCAUCUCCCCGAAGGGACUCAGGGCGGCUUACAUGGGGCCUUGCCCGAUAAAACAAUCAAAUAUCAAAACACAGCAAAAAAACAGUUAUCCAAUAAAAACAUCAAUUACAGUAAAAACAAUUGUUAAAAUCAACAUAAAACAUACAAUAUUAACACUGGAGACUAAUUCAUAGAACUCAGGCAAAGUGCAACAUGGGCCGAAAUGGGGAAGGUAAUUUCACAGUUGAAAUGGACAAAGUGCAAUAUAGCAUUGGCAACACCUCGAGAAUGGGGCUAUUAUAAAAUGGGCAGAUAGAUCAGUCCAACACCAAAGUAUCAAAGGCCUUUUGAAAGAGCCAGGUUUUUAAGCUCCUACGGAAGGAGAGGAGGGUAGGGGCCUGCCUGAUCUCUCUAGGGAGCGAGUUCCAAAGCCAUGGGGCCACGACGGAGAAGGCCCUCUCUCUCGUCCCCACCAACCGCGACUGCGAGGGUGGUGGGAGCGAGAGAAGGGCCUCCCCCGACGAGUGAAGAGAACGUGCGGGUUAGUAGGGGGAGAUGCAGUCUCUAAGGUAGGUGGGUCCCAAACCGUUGAGGGCUUUGUAGGUGAUAACCUGCACCUUGAAUUGAGCCCUGAAAGUAAAUGGCAGCCAGUGGAGCUCCUUAAACAGAGGCGUUGAACGCGCCCUGUAAUUUGCUCCGGUUAGAAGCCUGGCUGCCGAACGCUGUACUAGUUGUAAUUUCCGGGCCAUCUUCAAAGGCAGCCCCACGUAGAGCGCAUUGCAAUAGUCCAGUCUAGAGGUAACUAAGGCAUGGACCAUCAUGGUCAGAUCAGACUUCUCGAGGUACGGUCGCAGCUGGCGCACAAGUUUUAAUUGUGCAAAGGCCCUCCCGGCCACGGCCGACACCUGAGCCUCAAGCGUCAGCCCCGAAUCCAGGAGGACCCCCAAACUGCAGACCUGCGCCUUCAGGGGGAGUGCGACCCCGUCAAGCACAGGUUGCCACCCAAUACCCCGAUCGGACGUACGACUGACCUGGAGGACCUCUGUCUUGUCGGGAUUAAGUCUCAGCUUGUUCACCCUCAUCCAGGCCAACACAGCGGCCAGACACUGGUCCAGAAUCCGAGGGGCUUCCUUGGAUUUAGGUGGAAAAGAGUAGUAGAGAUGGCGUAGAGAUGGCACUGUACUCCAAAACUCUGGAUAACCUCUCCCAGCGGUUUCAUGUAGAUGUUAAAAAGCAUGGGGGACAGAAUAGAACCUUGCGGGACCCCACAGGUCAAUGGCCAGGGGUCCGAGCAGGUGUCCCCCAGCUUCACCAACUGGGAACGGCCCUCCAGAAAGGCCCUGCAGUACCCCCAAGGCCCAUCCCAGAGAGCCGCCCCAGAAGGAUACCAUGGUCGAUGGUAUCGAAAGCCGCUGAGAUGUCCAAGAGAACCAGCAGGGUCACACUCCCCCUGUCCAGCUCCCUGCGGAGGUCAUCCACCAAGGCCACCCAAGCCGUCUCGGUACUGUAACCAGGCCUGAAGCCAGACUGACAGAAGUAGUUAGUUUCAUGUGUAGUUGAAGCAUUAUAUACAAUUUCUGCCUUUUUUGUAAUGUUGCUUUUAAUCUCUCUUUUUUGAUUUUGAUUUUUUUUGCCAUAAAGAGGGGGAUUUAUAAGGGACAAAACUGCUGAAACCGUCAACUUGUUUUCUUCUGAACCCAAAGGUUUCCUGUUCUUUGGCUGCCGAGUGUUCAGGGAAGAGUGAGGUCUGUGAGAUGAGUGAGUAGAAAACAUGACACAAUUUAGAUAAUGGUUUGUGACACAACAACAACCCUUGUAGUAGUCAAUGGGAUAUUCUGUAUGCCUUCUUUAAUGUCAAGUAAGACAAUUUCCCCUUAUGUCUGGAGGCUCUGUCGAACUGGCUACGUGCUAGUAGACUGAAGGUGAACCCGGCGAAGACCGAGAUUCUCUGGCAUGGCCGCUCGACUGGUCUGACCCACUUGCUACCCACCUUCGAUGGUGCUGCCCUAUCUCCUUCGCCCACCGUUAAGAGCCUGGGUGUCGUUUUAGAUUCACAGCUGACAAUGGAAGCUCAGGUCGCUGCUGCCAGCAAACAGGCCUUUUUCCACCUACGACAAGCGAGGCAACUGGCACCCUAUCUAUCUGAUGAGGCGCUGGCAACGGUCAUCCAUGCCACGGUCACGUCUAGGCUGGACUAUUGCAACGCCCUGUAUGUUGGGCUUCCGAUGUCCACGACCCGAAAGCUCCGUAUUGUUCAGAAUGCGGCAGGCAGGCUACUCACAAGAACACCCAUGAAAUGCCACAUCACACCAGUGCUGCAGCAUCUGCAUUGGCUUCCAACUGAUUACCGUGGUCUCUAUAAGAUGCUAGUCCUGACCUUUAAAACUCUUUACGGCCAGGGCCCAUCGUCCCUUAGGGACCGUCUCUCCUUCUCCCAUCAUCGGAGGUCGCAACAACCAUCCCAACGAGACUUACUUUAUGUACCGGGUCCUAGAGAAGUGCACUUGGAAAGGACCAGGCGCAGAGCUUUUUCUAUUUCUGCCCCUGCCUUAUGGAAUGCCUUGCCGCCCCAUAUGAGAGCCAUGCGUGAGUUAGGGCCUUUGACCCUCGCACUCAAGACCUGGCUCUUUACUAGAGCUUUUAAUCUAUGUUAAUUUUAUCAAUAUUUGUAUGUAUAUAUUUUUAUCUUUUACAAUUUUAUCUUGUAAAUCGCCUAGAGCAUCGUGGAUGGAGGGCAAUUAAUAAAUAGUUAAAUGAUGAUGAUGAUAUUGUGCUCAGAUACAAAGAUUUAUAAAGGAAACACCACAAUGGAUAUAAAACAAUGGGAAGCACGGGAAGCAGAUUAUGUGUGCUCACCACACCUCACACAGAUAGGACCACGUGUGCUCUAAACAUGGAAGAUGUGAUACAUUCACACAAGAUACAGGAAUGGGAUGUCUUUGUGUUACUACUGUUCAGCUAAUGUUAUGGUCUGAUGGAAAUAUAAUAGAACCCAAUAAACAAACAUUCGGUUGAAAUGUAAAUGUAACAACUUUUGUUCAAGAUGAUGAAACUGGGAAUUUGGUGUACGUGGUGGAGAAUGGAGACAGUGAAAUAGACUUGAAGUUUAAAAAGUUAUCCAUAAAUAUAAGGAAUUAAUUGGGAAAAAUUAAAUAUACUAGUAAAAACGAAUCAGCAGGUGAAGAAACAUUUGGAGAGUUAUGAGGAAAGAAGUAAGAAAGGUUUUGUUAGGAUCCAAGAGGUUGAUGGAGAACGUCAGAGCGUGGCCGCAGAAGGAAGCAGCCCGACAGAACGUCACUGGUGGGAUGAAAUCAACGGAUAUUCACCCAAAGCGGCAGCAGCAUGUUUACAUCUAUUGAUGCACCCAAUAGUAAGGUGAGGGCUACAAGGAGUGACUGAUCGAUUUUCUGUAUUUGAAAACAAAUUGCAAUACUUAGAAACGCAAUUGUGAACUGUGAUGUAUGUUGACUCUAUUGAGAGGGUUGAUGGGCCAAAGGGCCUGCAUUUCUAUUCUAUUUCUAUUCUAUUUCUAUUCUAUUUCUGAUUGCUUUUAAUUAUGCAUUAUUAAGCUGUCUGCUUCAACUUAUUAUAUUAAAGAUGCAACCUGCCUUCUUCCAGAGGAGAGGCAAGUGUCCGUAUGUCGCCACUAUGUUUCCGGAACAUCUUGUGGUUAAUGUGGUUAAGCUACUUACUGGAACAUAAGUGAACAACAUGUUUUUCUACAAAUGUUGUUUAUGAUAAAGGAAGCACGCUUGCAACACUCUGUACUGCUCCAAAGAAAUGAGGAACAUGAGGAUAUAUUGAGCUUCAUUUCAAAUGUUCUUCACGGCGGUCACCUUUGAUUUGUCCAUCCGUCUAUACUGCAGUAUAAUAAAGGUACUUGUUUUAAACUC